GUGUGUUGCAUCAUCUGUUGGGCAUCAAUGCUUUAGGCGCAACCCUGCAAAUGGACGUAGCGAGGGACGACGGAGCGAGGCCACUGGCCGAAGACGACGACGAAGGCAUUCCAACUCUGAGCGCUCACGCUCUCGAAGCUCUCAAGGAGUUUCUGGCCGAGCAAAACCGGGCGCUCGGCACCGACGACAGCGCCGCCAUCGGUUCCGGAGCUCCGGCUCAUGAGGAGAAGGUGGAGCUGGUGUCGGAGGACUGGAGGCUGAGCCAGUUCUGGUACGACCAGGAAACUGCUGAGACAGUCGCCAAUGAACUUCUCACUCUCUGCGAGUCCCUCCGGUCUCCUUCUGUCGCUUGCAUCGCUUGCCCUACCUUAUAUGCAUAUCUCAAGAAAUUCAAUCCUAAUGUACCCUUGCAACUUCUUGAAUAUGACCGACGUUUUGAGCAAUAUGGUAGUGAGUUCACAUUUUAUGACUACAAUCAACCAGAAGAGCUUCCUUCAUCAUUGAAGCAUGCAUAUCAGAUUGUUGUUGCUGAUCCUCCUUACCUGAGCAAGGAGUGCUUGGAAAAGGUUACUCAAACAAUUUCUUUUCUCAAACACCCAGGGAAAUCUUUCUUGCUUCUACUCACAGGGGCAGUACAGAAGCAUAGAGCAGCCGAGCUCCUUGGCCUGCAUCCAUGUGGCUUUCAGCCUCAGCAUUCAAGCAAACUGGGCAAUGAGUUUCACCUGUUCACAAACUAUGAUCCUGGGAUGAGAUUAGGAGGUUGGAAGCAGGACCCGGAGAUGUCUUGGGUUCCUGCUAGAUCUUAAUCAUCCCUGAAUACAGAUUGGUUGGCUGAAGAUCAUCCAAACAAGUUGAAUAUGGCCUACGGAUCCAAUCUUUAGCUGGCGGAAGCCUUGCCACUGUAAAUUUCUCUCUCCACGACCAGCAGAAUUUGAUGGAGAGAUGUUGACGUGCGGAACAAAUGACGUUUAAAGGCCAAACUUUUAUUCUUCUCUGUUAAGCUAAGUUUAAUGAUAUUUUUCUUUUGGGUGACAAUUUUAUUUACCGUAUAUUUUUGUUUU